AUGCUGUGGCUGCUGCUGCUGCAGGUGUGGGUGAGCUGCCUCUGGCUGGGACACAGUGAGGUGGUGACGUCCUUUGAAACUUCAUGUCCUCAGUUUUUUUUCCGGGAGAUCCCCCCAAAUGAAGCCCUGGAGCCGCAGAAACCAGCCUGGAUCUGCCAGCGUUACAAGAACCAGUAUUACUUUGCCACUCUGUAUGACAGGAAGAUGCGCAUUCCUGUCUACUCUGCUUAUAUCUACCAGCCUGGACCUGGCAAAAGACCUAAGACAUGGAUGGUCGAACCCCAGCUGAUUGGCUCAAUGUAUCCCAAAUCUAUGGAAAAAGAGUGGACACUUUUAAAUCAAUACAAUGUCAGCUUAGAGAAACUCAGCCACUCCCAGGCUAUCCUUCAUGACUACAAAAAUCUGACGGGUUUGAACCGGGGCCAUUUGAACCCCAAUGGCCACCAUGAUGACUACAGCAGCAGGAUGGCUACCUUCACCCUCACCAACAUAGUGCCCCAGGAUGAGAAGCUCAACGGAGGCGCCUGGAACAACUACGAGCAGCAAACAAUGAUCAGGAGGACCCAGGGCUGUAAAACCACCUAUGUCAUUGUGGGUGCUGUGCCUGGGAACAACUACAUCGCCAGCGGGAGGGUUAAUAAACCCAGCCACCUCUGGUCAGCUGCCUGCUGCAUGGUGGACAACAACUACAUAAAGGCUUGGGCAGUCAUUGCUGAGAACGACAAGAACGAGGUCCAGCUCCUCACGCUGGGGGAGCUGGAGGACGCAUUAUCUGAGCUCUAUGGGAGGGGACAGGUUUCCCUGUUUGACAGUGACUGUCCCCGGGAAUAA